GGCGGGGUCCCGCCCGCCCGUGCUCGGGCGGGGUUUAUCGGUAUCCGGGCCUAGGGGCGAGCUGUGGUUUGAGCUCCGCAGAGCCUUCGGGGCCGCUCGUUCCCCUCGCUGGCGGGGAGGGGAUGGCCGGGAUGCGGAAUUCAAGGGCGCGUGUUUCGAACGGGACAUGAGGGUGUUGCGUGGAAAGCACUUUGAAGGCUGGGGACAGCUGUGAUGCACAUCUGUUUGACAAAGAAGGCACCAGCUUUUCCUAGGCACUUUACAAAACUAACUGGAUUGAAAAAGAAAAACAAUGAAAGGCAAAGCACAUGCAGGUGAUUUUCAAGCCCAGGAUUUUGUCAAGAAGAAGAAAAAGAAGAAGAGGAAACAGAGUGAGUCCAACAACAAACAGGAAGAUGCUGAAACUGUGGAAGGUGCAGAGCUCGGCAGCUUUUCCCCAGUGCUCUUUGAAGAUGCAGCAGCACAGGGUGGGGAGGGCAGGAAAAAGAAGAAAAGACUGAAAAAAAAGGGUGAGAAGCAGCAGAGUCUGCUGGAUGAUUACUUUGGGAAGGUGGACCAUGAGAUCAGCAAUGGGGCUGGAGCAGCUGCUUCCCCGAGGAGGAAGAGGAAGAGGAAGCAGGAGGACAGCACCAACGAGCUCAGCGAUGUCACCUGUGUCCCUGUGAACCAGGACUGCCAGCAGGGUGCUGCUGACUAUGUUUAUUUCAAAAAACGCAAGAAGAAGAGGAAGGAGAAGCAGCCUGAAGAGGAUGAGGAGUGUGAGCUGCCUCCCCCCGAGGAACAGAGCACGGGCCACAAAGAGAAAUCCAAAAAGAAGAGGAGGAAGAGGAGAGAGGGCAGCGGCCAGGAGGACCCAGAUGGAGCAGCUGAGCCACUGCUGUCCCCCUCAGAGCAGGACAGGGGGCACAGGGGGUGGCCUUCAGCUGCAGGUGAGGAUGGAGGCUCUGAUGCUGCUUCUGCCAUCACUGAGGUCUCCAUGGAGCUCCCUGCUGGUUUUUCCACACCCAACAAAGCAGCUGGGCGAGCUAAAAAGACUCCAGCACAUGCUAAAAAGGCAAAUAACAGCAGCACUUCUGUCAAGGAAGAAAGCUCUUCAGAGUCUGAUAUGAUGACACCAAAAGCCUUGGCAUCUCAUAAAAAGAAGCAGAAGCAGCAGAACAGUUCCUUUGCUGAGUUGGCAGCCUCUGAUGAGGUCAGUGUGGAUGGUGAAGAAGGCCUGGACCGUUCCAUGACUUCAGCUGUGGAUUUGGAUAUCGCAAGACAAGAACUGAAAGAGUUUAUUCCUCAUGUGAAGAAUAUAUCAGACAGUUCAAUCAAGAAAAUGGCUGGAAGAGACCUAAUGAGGUUUAAGGAGUUUAAAAAACAGGGUAUGGCUGUCAAGUUUGGCAGAUUUACCCAGAAGGAAAAUAAACAAAUCCGGAAAAACGUUGAAGAGUUUUUAGCACUUACUGGAAUAGACAGUGCUGAAAAACUUUUGUUUACCUCGAGGUAUCCAGAAGAUAAAGACACCAUCCAUCGCCUGAAAACAGAACAUCAUUUUUGUGAAAAAAUCUCUGAGGGCAUACCCAGGCCCUGGAGGCUGAUAUAUUAUCGAGCAAGGAAGAUGUUUGACCCAAAUAAUUAUAAAGGAAGGUAUACUAGAGAAGAAAAAGAACAAUUAAAGAAAUACCAAGCCCUGCAUGGCAAUGAUUGGAAGAAGAUUUCUGAGUUGAUGUCCCGUUCUAACCUCUCAGUUGCUAUGAAAUUCUCUGAAAUCAAGUCAGCUAUUAACUAUGGUUCUUGGACAAAGGAAGAAACCCGGAAGUUAAUGAGUGCAGUGAAGGAUGUGCUGAGCAGGAAACUGAGAACAGAAAAUCCAAGCUCUCUUUCCUCCCUGGAACAGUCAGACACGGAUCUCUGGAUUGACCGUGAGCAGCUGCACCAGCCACUGCCAUGGACUGAGAUUGAAACCAAAGUGGGAAGUCGAUACUGGAGACAAUGCAAACAGAAAUGGAAUUCAAUUUUAACAAGGAAAUUGACCAAAGGGAAGCAGUUGUACAAAGGGACCAGGGGAUUGCAGACCAAGAUCACUCUUAUUAAAAGGUUGUAUGAAACAAAAGCAGAGGAUGCCAGUGAAGUAAACUGGGAUGAACUCAGUAAUGCUUUCGGAGAUGUUCCUAGAAACUAUCUUCAGUCAAAGUUUUAUAGGUUAAAAGUGUCCUUUGUCCCCUUCUGGAAAAGAAAGACUUUUUCUGAAAUUAUUGACUAUCUGUAUGAGAAGAAGCUCCCAGAACUUGAAGAAAACUUAAGGGAAGCAAAGGGCCGUAGUUCUGACAAUUCAGCAGCCAGUCAGCAGCAGAAGGCUUUCAGACUCAGUGACAUUUUUGACUCCAGUGAAGAGAGAACCAGUGACAUUUUUGACUCCAGUGAAGAGAGUGAUUAACUGAUUGUCCUAAAAGCAAUGCCUAAUUUGCAUAUUUAACUGCAAAUGGCUCUGGUUGAAAGUGGGUGCAGCUCACCACCUGCAAGUACCCAGGCUCUUGACAAUUGGAGAAGUCAGGAUGGGCACCUCUGAUUGUCUUCUUUCAUCCUGAAGAUUGAGUUAAACAGAGCUUUUGUGCCACAUUUUAUUUAAUUCAACUCUGGUUUUAGAAGUUUUCAUGUAAGCAUCCAAGUUGCUUUCUAAAUGUCUCAAAAUACUUUUUUUCCUGUGGAGUUGACAGCUGCUGUUUUCCCUUUAUGAAUGAACUUGGUUUUCUGAACUUUAUUUUUUUUUUAAUUAACGGGAUUGGAAAAAGGUUUUCAGUUUGCUUUUUAAACUCUGUAAUAAUCAAGUCUUAAAACAUCUGUGUUGAUGGAAACAGCACAACUUUUAAGUUGUUUUUUUUUAACAGGUAUCUUGUUCUUAAAAACAACUGAUUUUAUUUUUGAUGCAGACUUACACUUUUUUCAACCCUUCUAGAGAAAAAAAGACUUUUGUCAAUUACUAUUCAUCAUUUCAUGCUAACCAAAACAAAUUAUAUAAAAAGUUGUAAUUAAUAUUUGGAAAACAGAGACAAAACAGUGUGUGUAUAUAUAUACAUAUGCAUAUAUAUAUAUAUAUUUUUAUUUUGCCAAGGAGAAUUUCUACAUUUUAAUAAGAAAAUUAAGCAAUAAGAUGGAGGUUGUACUCGUGUUUUGUAUGAUACUUUUAACUCUCUGCCUGAAGUGAUUAUUUGUAAAUUGACUAAAUUAAUGUAAAAAGCCCCAAAAAUAACUUACUGUGUAAAUCUUUGUAAGGCUUGUUUAUAUUUCCCAUAUGCUGUACUAGACAGUAAAGCAAGAAGACUCAGUCCCUGCUUUUUCAGCAUCAUUUUGAUAAGUGACAAUUUCCCUCUUCAAUUCUAGUGAUCAUCAUUAAAAAUCCAGAACUCUGAAUGGCUUGAAAUAAAGGCCUUGUUGGAGGGUCUGGAAGGUGACUUACAGCAAGGAAUUUUAAAGGAAAAACUUCCCCUAUUGAACUGUGUCUGCUUUAGUCUCUCUGAAGGUAGAAAGCACUGGGAUUUUUGUGAGACAGGCACAACCCCCCCUGCAAUCAGCCACUGCUUUGAGGGUAAAGUUUUCCAGCCAAAAGCUGAAAUGGGAUGGAGGAAGGAAACACACACCACCUCCACUUAGGUCUUUGUGUUGCUUCAUGGGUUUGAAGGUUAAAAGCUGAAAAACUUGAAUUUCUGAGUCUAAAAUUGUCUUUUUCAAGUUUUUUUUUUUUCCCCUGGAAAAUGGAGAUGCUCUGAAUGGUGUGCAGGCAAGAGCACAAAUGAUGCCUGGUUGUAGAGUUUGUAAAGUAGAUCUUGCAAAAAUAAACUUCUUCCUCCGUGAUGA